CGCGCCCUGGCGCCGCCGUCAGCCCGGCGUGUGCGCCCUGGAGCUUCUAUCUCCUCUCUUCAGGCUCCUCAUAACCACGGGGCUCCCGGUCAGAGGCAGCGCUCGGCAGAUUUGCGACCAUGUCGAUGCUGGCGGAGCGUCGGCGGAAGCAGAAAUGGACUCUGGAUCCCAGAAACACUGCAUGGAGCAAUGAUGAUUCCAAGUUUGGCCAGAGGAUGCUUGAGAAGAUGGGGUGGUCUAAAGGAAAGGGUUUGGGGGCUCAGGAGCAAGGAGCCACAGAACAUAUUAAAGUUAAAGUUAAAAAUAACAACCUGGGACUUGGAGCUACAAACAAUAAUGAAGACAACUGGAUUGCUCACCAAGAUGACUUCAACCAGCUUUUGGCAGCACUCAACACUUGCCACGGACAGGAAACAGCAGAUUCCUCAGACAACAAGGAAAAGAAAUCUUUUAGCCUUGAAGAAAAAUCCAAAACCUCCAAAAGCCGGGUUCAUUACAUGAAAUUCACAAAAGGGAAGGAUCUGUCCUCCCGGAGCGAAACUGACCUGGACUGCAUUUUUGGGAAAAGGAAGAACAAGAAGACUGCUCAGAAAGAACAGAUGUUUCUCCACCAGAGAGGCAAGUCCCUGUGCUGCCUGCUUGCCCUCUUGGGGAAGGAUGACUGCAGCACUUCCAUUGCAGAUGAGGUGGACACCUCCAUGACUACUACCACAACCAGUGCCUUCACCAUCCAGGAAUAUUUUGCCAAGAGGAUGGCCCAGUUAAAAAACAAGUCAAAGGCCUCGGCUCCAGAGUCUGACAUUUCAGAGACCUCUGGUGAGUGGAAAAAGGAGAAGACAAAAGCCAAAGCAGCGGCAUUCACAGGUGUGGAGACCUCUCCCCAACACAAGGCCAAGCGACACAAGAAGACAAAGCGUGCAGAAGCAGGUGAGGGGCCUGUGGCCGAGAAGAGAGACCGACCUGAGCUGCAGCCUGGAGGGCCCAGUGGGGACGAGUGCUCGGAAGCCUCUGCCGACGCUGAAGAAGAUUGUGUACAGUCACCCGACAGCCAGGAUGAUGCCCCAAAGUCCAAGAAGAGGAAAGCAAAGAAAAAGCUGCAAAGGCCAGGAUGGGUAGAAAUAGACAUCACACUAGAAAAAGCACCCAUGAAAAAGAAGAAGAAGAAAGCUUCCAGAUGACCUCACACCAGCCAGAGCCUCUGACCACUCAGCUGCCAGCACACUGCAGGGCUGGCACACAGCAGAUGCUCUGGCCUGAAGUCAGAGCACAGUGAACCCUGGGCAGCUCAGCAUCUUUUAACAUGCCCACAGGUUGUCAGCACAUCUUCUCACCACCUUUCCCCAAGUUACCUUCCUGAGAGAACUGACUUGAAUGUUCUAGAUCAUGCCUUUUCAAUAAAUAAACAAAUAGAUUCUUAUACUA